GCGGGCCGAGCGCGGAGAGCAGGGGGCUUGGACCCGAGGCCGACGCCGGGCGCCCAGUCUCCCCGCCUCCCCGCCUGCCAUGGCCAAGCCCCGCGCUCUGGCGGCCGCCGCACCCGCGUCCGGAAAGGCCAAGCUGACGCACCCGGGGAAGGCGAUCCUGGCAGGCGGCCUGGCGGGCGGCAUUGAAAUUUGCAUCACCUUCCCCACCGAAUACGUGAAGACACAGUUGCAGCUGGACGAGCGCUCGCACCCUCCGCGGUACCGGGGUAUUGGGGACUGUGUGCGGCAGACGGUCCGCAGCCAUGGCGUCCUGGGCCUGUACCGAGGCCUCAGCUCCCUGCUCUACGGCUCCAUCCCCAAAGCGGCCGUCAGGUUCGGGAUGUUUGAGUUCCUCAGCAACCACAUGCGAGAUCCCCAGGGACGCCUGGACAGCACCCGGGGACUGCUGUGCGGCCUGGGUGCUGGUGUGGCGGAAGCCAUAGUGGUCGUGUGCCCCAUGGAGACCAUCAAGGUGAAGUUCAUCCACGACCAGACCUCCCCCAACCCCAAGUACAGAGGAUUCUUCCACGGGGUCAGGGAGAUUGUGCGAGAACAAGGGCUGAAGGGAACCUACCAGGGCCUCACAGCCACCGUGCUGAAGCAGGGAUCUAACCAGGCCAUCCGCUUCUUCGUCAUGACCUCCCUGCGAAACUGGUACAGGGGGGACAACCCCAACAAGCCCAUGAACCCACUGAUCACCGGAGUGUUUGGAGCUGUCGCUGGCGCAGCCAGUGUCUUCGGGAACACUCCUCUGGACGUGAUCAAGACCCGGAUGCAGGGCUUGGAGGCGCACAAAUACCGGAAUACAUGGGACUGUGGCUUGCAGAUCCUGAGGAAUGAGGGGCUCAAGGCAUUCUACAAGGGCACCAUCCCCCGCCUGGGCCGGGUCUGCCUGGACGUGGCCAUCGUGUUUGUCAUCUACGAUGAAGUGGUGAAGCUACUCAACAAAGUGUGGAAGACAGACUGAGUCCCCGAGGGGGUCUGCAUGGGGGUUGGCCGAGGUGCCUCCAGACCAGUCCCCACUGCCCUCUUCUCACGAUUCUAGUGCAGUCGUGCCAAAAGGCCCCUUUUCCCUGUUCCUUGCACUCCAUGGCCUGGGUCUGUCCCCUGCAGCCAUUGAGUCCACAUGUCCCUUAGUGCCGGGUGUCCCGUGGUGUGUUAGGACACCACCAUUGUGUCCAUGUGUCUGGCCAAGGCUGGGUGUCCCUCUGGCCUGUGAAUCUGUGCCCACUUGUCCAUGUGCUUACUCAUGAGCCGUGUGCCUGUGUUUCAUGUUCCGUGUCAUGUGACCUUGUGCCCCACUUCCCGGGGUGCCCAUGUGGCUUGGGUCCACGGCCCUGUAGCCAUGGCCCGGUCCCAGCCCGGUGCCUUCCACCCUGGGCAGCAGGGGCACCUGCCCCGGCCUACCACAGCUGCCUCUGGGCCUCAGCCUGGCCUCACCGCAUUCCAGGGGCUACAUGCCCCCUGCUUCUCCCGCCACUGGCCUUAACUGGCCCUUGGGCCCUCCCUCCGCCCGGGACAGGGUGGCACCUGCCACUCUCACGACCACCCUCCCAUGGCAGAAUAAACCGGAUCCUGUCGCA